CCGCCCCAGGACGUCCGGCGCGCUCUGGCUGCCCAAUCAGCGCGCGGGGGCGUGGCCGAGGCGGCGGCGAGCGGAUGGAGCCGAUGGAACCUCCGCAACCUCCAGAGGGGGGGUCAGGGCCGCCCCUCCCCCAUCCUCUUGCCCCUCCCCCCCCCUCUCCGGACCCGCCCCCUUUUGGGGUGCCCUGGGUGGGGGAGGGGGACCCUCUGCCGGUUUUGGGGGGGGUGGCCGCCCCCAUUUUCAUUCGGGGGGAGACGCAGCGGCUGGUGCGGGAAUUGGGGAGGGCCCGGCCCCUCCCCCACCUGCCCCACGUCAAGAGGGUGCGGGGGGGGGAGGGGCCGGGGGGGGAGGGGCCGGCGGUGCUGAUCUGUCUGGAGAGCCAACUGGGAACCCCCCCAGGUGUCAGCGAUGAUGUCACUGAUGAUGUCACCGAUGAUGUCACCACAGUCCCUGGAAGCGCUUGUGGCACUGGGGACACCAGUAGCAGGGACACUGGAGCUGGAUGUGUCACUGGGAGCACUGGGGACACCAGGGACGUUGUCACCGUCACCACCAGCGGUGGCUCUGGGGACAUUGUCACCCCUAUUGGGGACACCAGGGACAUUGUCACCGUCACCACCAGCGGUGGCCCUGGGGACAUUGUGAUCACUACUGGGGACAACAAGGACAUUGUCACCGUCACCACCACUGGUGGCACUGGGACCAUUGGGGACACCAGGGACAUUGUCACCGUCACCACCAGUGGUGGCUCUGGUGACAUUGUCACCGCUACUGGGGACACCAGGAACAUUGUCACCGUCACCACCACUGGUGGCACUGGGACCAUUGGGGACACCAGGGACAUUGUCACCGUCACCACCAGCGGUGGCUCUGGGGACAUUGUCACCCCUAUUGGGGACACCAGGGACGUUGUCACCGUAACCACCAGUGGUGGCCCUGGUGACAUUGUCACCCCUCUUAGGGACACCAGGAACAUUGUCACCGUCACCACCAUUGGUGGCACUGGGGACAUUGAGGACACCAGGAACAUUGUCACCGUCACCACCAGCGGUGGCUCUGGGGACAUUGUCACCCCUAUUGGGGACACCAGGGAUGUUGUCACCGUAACCACCAGUGGUGGCCCUGGUGACAUUGUCACCCCUCUUGGGGACACCAGGAACAUUGUCACCGUCACCACCAUUGGUGGCACUGGGGACAUUGAGGACACCAGGAACAUUGUCACCGUCACCACCAGCGGUGGCUCUGGUGACAUUGUCACCACUACUGGGGACACCAGGGACGUUGUCACCGUCACCACCAGUGGUGGCUCUGGGGACAUUGGGGACACCAGGAACUUUGUCACCGUCACCACCAGCGGUGGCUCUGGUGACAUUGUCACCACUGCUGGGGACAUUGUCACCACUACUAGGGACAUUGUCACCACUACUGGGGACACCAAGGACAUUGUCACCGUCACCACCAGCAGUGGCCCUGGGGACAUUGUCACCACUACUGGGGACACCAAGGACAUUGUCACCGCCAUUGGGGACACUGUCACCACCAUCCCUGGUGCCACCCCCCCCCAUGUCCCCACUGUCCCCCUCCCCCCCCCUCCCCGUCCUCCUGGGUCCCCACGUGUCCCCCCACGGUCUGGGUCCCCCAUUCCGCGUCCUCGUCCCCGCCCGCGUCCCCAAGGGGGUGACGGAGGUGACAGCGGCUCGAGCGGCCGCCCUGUGGCCCUGGGUGACGCGGGGGGGGACGUUGGGGACAAUGGGGACGGAGCUGCCCCCGGAGGAGGUGACAGAGGUGACAAAGCUCAUGGGGGUGGCGGUGGCGGCCGCGCGGCGUGGGGCGCGGGGGGGGGAUGGUGGCGGCGGGGGGGGCGGCCGUGGAUGUCGCGACAGGGCGGGUGGUGGCGACAGCGCACGACGGGCGGCGGGGGGGUCACCCGUUGGCCCACGCCACCAUGCGCCUCCUAGAGGAGGUGGCGAGGCGCCAAAGGGGGGCGUGGUUAUGGCGAUGACGUCAGCGGUGACGCCACGCCCUACCUUUGCGCGGGGUGCGACGUCUACCUGACGCGGGAGCCGUGCGCGCUCUGCGCCAUGGCGCUCGUGCAACGCGCGGGCGCGCCGGGUGUUGUUCGGGGUGCGAGUCCCGCAGGGGGCGCUGUGCGGGAGGUACCGGUUGCACGGGAGGAGCCCGCCGCUCAAUCACCGGUAUCGGGCGUUCGGGGGGGUGCGGGCGAGGGAGUGUGAGCAGCUGGGGCUCCGGUAAACCAGUAUAAACCAGUAUAGACCAGUAUAAACCAGUACAAACCCA